AUGCCAAAAGACGUCAAAUCACGCAAGAAAGACCGAAAGGGUCUUAAAAAGGAGCAAAAGUCACCUAUAAUCAAGAAGCCAGACAUUCAUAACGAAAGUCCCGAUGGACGACGAUCUCAUAAAAAGAAACAACAUUCUGAAAACAAGGAGUCCCUUGACACUAUUCGGACGACGCUAUUUAGCCUCCACAACAGCAUUAUAAACAAGAACAGAACCACACCAAUAGAGAAACAGGAGUUCUGCUCCAGGAUGGGCAAUCUAUACAGCAACAUGCUCGAGCUCGCAUUUGAAUUGAGCACCACAGAAGAAGAUACUGAAAUGGAGUGGCAACACGAGCCGACAAACAUUGUGCAUCUGGUUCGCACGUCUGAGGAGAUGGCUUGUUAUCCUAAUGGAGCCGUCGUCUGUCCCUGGCAGACGGCUUCCAACUCAAAUUUCCCCAGAACUUAG